CCCGACAGCAGCUUACGAACGUAAGGAAGAGGAAGGGAAGGGACGGAGGACUGAUGAAUGGCUGACUGCCAGGCCAGACUAGACUGACUGUAUGUAGGCAGAAGAAGGAAGGAUGCUGCUGCCAUGCCAAGUGAGGAGAAAGACGGAAGCGAGAGGGGGGAGGGGAGGAGGAGACGUGAAGGUGGUCGGGUAAUCGAAUUCGAGGCGGUGGAGGGUUUUUGCGGGGUGGGAGCAGGAGGAGAGGAGAGGGGAGUGGUAAAAUUGGUCGUCCUCUUCAUCCGUCUCCUGUCCUUGCUUGCUCGCUCGGCUCGGCCCGGUCUGCGUCAAAGGCCGAGCUCGUUGCAGUUCUUCGGUUCCUGUUUCCUAGGUAGCUCUGCUACGACCGCGCUGCAAAGUAGCUGACUGCGCUGUUGGCAAGGCAAGGCUGGGCUGGGCGGUGUUGCUGCGGAGUGGAGAGUGUAGUGGAGGGACGGGGGACGGGGGCUGGAGUGUUGUGCAGUGAAGGGAAGUGUGAAAAGUGGGACGAGUGUGAACAAGCCGACGAGCUGUCGCUGUCGAGUUCUUCGGAGCACGCUUGGAAAGAUUCUGCGGGUUGAGAUGUAGUGGAGUUGGGAAUGACAUUUAGGCAUCUGCUGUUCUCGUUCCACGAGUCGUCGACGACCGGGGCUGGCUUGCGUUAGCUGACCACACGCAGCGCCCGCUAUGGCCGCGUGAAAGCGACCAGCUCUUGGAGAUGAUGAAAACCGCGCAGUAGCCGGAACGAGCUGUCGCACAGCAAAGCCAGGCGGCGACCCGAGACCUGGAAACAGGCAGCAGCGGCAUACAGAUGGGUGGCAAGAAGAUUUCCGGGGCAGUGGUCGAGACCCCUCAGCAGCAGCAGGUCAUCGUCGCCCCAGCUCCCGGCAACAGCAGCAGCAGCAGCAGCAUCGGCGGCGGCGGAGUGGAGCGCCUGGUGGCCGGAGGCUCGACUUCUUCUUCAUCCGGGGGCGGCGGUAGUGGUAGCGCUAGUAAAUGUGGGUACGCGGGCGUGCUCAAGAAGGGCCUGGUAGGUGCUGGAAACGGCGGGGGAGGUGCAAAUGGGAAAUCGAAGCCGGCGUCGGCUCCGCCACCCGCAGAUGGAAUUGCUGAGGCCGGAGAUAUGAGCGUCAAAGUGAAUGGCAACGGAAGUUCCCACGACGUCAAUGUUCGUAUCGAUAUAGGAGAUCGCCCAAUACACGAGGCACUGAAUGACUUGACGCUCCAGUCCGUGGAACAAGCUGGGAAUACUCACCUCACUCAGGAGGAGGAUGUUUUCGCCGCAAGCGUCGAGGAGGCGGUAAUAGACACGGGAAGUGACCGCAGCAAAAGCGGUUCUGAUGAUCUUUUAGGACCGAACGGCCGCGGCGAUUGUUCGGCCGCCGAUCAGUGGAAAAUGGAACACAAGCCUCCGGAUGUCGGCAGUAGUCCCAGUAGUUCGUCCAGCAGCAGCUGCUCCCGACAGCAUCAGCAGCAACAACAACAACAUCAACAGCAACAAAGCCUACAGCAGCUCCACCACCGGGAGUACGAUCUUCAUCGCUCUCUGCCCGACCGCGAAUUCCGCCCGCCUUCCUUGAUCUUACCCGAUGCUGUGAACAUCGAGAGCGUCGACUCCGACUACCGCGCCCCGCAGACACUGCACCUGCCAGCGUCGCUCGUGGUGUCGCCUCAUGAUGGCAAGCAGAUGUUGCUCGACCCUAAUGCUCGCGAAUUCACACCCUCUCCAUCGCCGUGCCCCUCCCCCGUGCUCCCCCCGAGCGUCAUGGGGCUGGUUCCCUCUCCUUACCACAUGGAGCCCCCGCACCUCUCUUACGCUCCCGGCGUGGAGCUUGGCCCCGUCAUGUACAGCGCCGAUUACAAUGGGGGUCCUGUUAUGCCUCUGUACGCCAACGGAGGCCCUCUGGGCUACGGCCCCAUCCCAGGCUCUCCGACUCCGCCUUGGGAAAACCAGCACAUGGGCAUGGGAGAUAUGUCACACCACUUGCCGCCUGGAUCCGGACCUCCUUCUAUGGUCGGCCAGGCCUCUCAUCUCAUGCGCCCCUACGUGACAGCUCCAUCGAUGCACGGUUAUAUGCCAUCCGGAUGCUCGCCCCCGAUAGGAUCGCCCACCGGGAACAUGCCUGGAUUCUCCGUGCCACCCCCUCUGACUGGGCGCGAGCAUGUGUCUCGGGCGCUGCUUCUGAGCGGGGUGCCCAUUGAUCUGCCCGACAUGAAAUUGAGGCACGAGCUCGAGCAAUGGGGCCUUGUCCGUGCCCUGGGGUUGGAGCGGCGCCAGGAAGGGCAAGUGACAGUUCACUACUACGAUUUGAGGCACGCCAAGGAGGCGCUGAGAGACGUGCAGCAGCAGCAUUUGCUGCAGCAGCAGCGCAUGCAGCAGAAAUUCCAGCAGCUGCAAAAGCAGCGCCCUGGAGUCGUGCACAUGCCCAACAACGACUUGGAGCUCGACAAGCAGCAGGACGUGUACAAUGAUGGUCAGAGGGACGAGGAUUCUGCCCAGCCUGCUGCGAGAGGCUUAAUUGGAGGUAAAGCCGUGUGGGCGCAGUACGCAGGUCCCCUGGGGUCCCCUGCGGGCCCUGAUCACCACAAUCAGGGAACUCUGGUCGUCUUCAACCUGGAUGCGGACCUGCCCCUGGACGAGUUGAGGGCUGCGUUCGAGGCCCACGGUGCCGUAAAGGAAUUGCGAGAAACUCCGCAGAAACGGCAGCAUAAGUUUGUAGAGUUUUACGAUGUGAGAGACGCCGCUCGAGCUCUGACGGCGUUGGAUGGGCACGACAUCGGAGGCAAGAGGGUGAAGAUAGAAUUCAGUCGGCCCGGAGGGCAGGCCCGCAGAGCGCGAGCUCAAGCAGCUCAAGUUAUCGCACAGCAAGGCGGGGGAUCCAUGCUGCCUUUAGUCAACAACAGGCUGAACGGGGGCUUGGCGGGAUCCAUCCCAGGUCAACACAUGUUCGUCGGCUGGGGUGCGGAUCCUUCUAUGGGUCCUGCACAGUCUAUGUCUCCUCUCCAAGGCCCACCCCCUACGUACUUGUGGGCGAAUUUCGGACAUGUCGCCGCCGGGCCUUCAUCACUGGCACCGCUGAAUGCGAUUGUACAGCAACAGCAAUGGAAUGUGGGGCAUGGUCAACUGCAGCAAAUGUCAUACCCCCAAAUUCAAGGGCCUUCCAGCCCAGGACUUGCCGUGUCUGGUGUUUCCAUGGUGAACGAAGGAGGUCAUGGUCGGCAGUACGGAAGAGGAGGCCGAAGCUUCAACGGUGGGACUCUCUCAUCGCCGGGGGCCUCGAGUUCUUUCAUCAGUGGAAUUUCUACAGGCUUCAGUAGAGGAAGUCAGAGUGGAGGUUCUUCAGGUCGAGGGUCGUCUGAUGAGCCUGCAGGGCGAAGACGUCGAUCAGGUGGUGGCGGUGGAGGUGGCGGCGGAGGUGGUAACGCCGGAAACAACUCCAAUGGCUCCUUGGCGAAGAUGGACUUGUCUAGUCUUCCGAGUUCGAGUUCUAGUAGCGACCCUAAGCAGUGUUCAGAGAUUUCAUCCGGUGGAUCUCGAGAUAGCCCACGCAGCGCGAAGACCGGUCUGACCCCGAAAAGCUCACCUCGAGAGCAUGCACAGUACACUUUCAAUGCCGAUCAAGCUAAGCUGGGUCACGAGACUCGGACGACUUUAAUGAUCAAGAACAUUCCCAAUAAGUACAAUCAACCGAUGCUCUUGGCCCUUUUGGACCAGCAUUGUCUGUGCUGCAACAACGCCAUUCAAGACCCCAAUGAACCUCAGUCUGCUUACGAUUUCGUGUAUCUACCCAUCGAUUUCAAGAAUCGUUGCAACCUGGGCUACGCGUUUGUGAAUUUCACAUCUGUAUCUGCCACUAUAAAACUCUUUGAAGCCUUUCAUGCGCAGCAGUGGGAAGCCUUCAAUUCCCGAAAGAUAUGUCAGGUCACUUAUGCUCGCGUUCAGGGCCGUCUCGCUCUGGAAGAGCAUUUUCGCAACUCUAGGUUUGCUUGUGACACGGACGAAUACCUUCCUCUGGUGUUUUCACCCCCGCGCACCGGGAUAGUUUGUCCUCCUCCUAUUGUGGCAGCUGGCCAUCUGGCUGGACGUGCACUCACUUGCAGUCCCAGAUCAGAGAACUGUCGACCGAGUAGGAAUGGCGAUCUCGUGGACGGCAGCAGCAGCAGCACCACAAGCACAGGAGAGCAGUCACAAUCGCAGCAGCAGCAGCGGGAGUCCGCAUCCGUCAAUUCUGAUCAGGAUGCCGAAUCUGGAGUUACUUCAUCCUCGAUAGGCCAGGCUGGUAAUUGUGUUGGUGUAGCCCCAUACGCAGGCCGGAGACCCAAUGGGCCGCACAGAUGAGGAUGACGAUCUCUCGGCCGUCGGUUUGGGCUCUACAACAAAUUCAGUAGGUUGUAGUCUUUUGGGUGUAGAUAGUUCAGGUGGAGAUAGAAUCGACAUCUGCACCCUUCCUCUAUGAGACUCUUGUGCAGAUUCGAGGUAUAAGGAAAUCCAUAGAGGACCACAAAAGCAGAUUUAUUCUGUUAACACAAGUUGAUGAUAGUUCUUGGAUUAUGAAUCGUUACGCUCACGCAGAAGGAGCUUGGCUGACCGUGUGCAUUCGGUCGGUACGCUCUUUACAAACGUUGAAGUCUAAUGUCGAGGAGCACGUAGGUACCAAAAGAUGUCACUCUUGUAAGCAUUGCAUGCAUUGUAGUCACUCGCGAUGAGAUAGAGAACAGCGGGGGAGAGAGUGGAGGAAGUGCCUGGACCCAGUGCUGGCCCAGGCGAGUUAGUUGGAAAUGUCUUCUGGUUCACAAAAGUCAGUCCAAACGAUAUAUUUGCUGGUCCAUUAUUCAUCAAUCAGACAGACGUCCAUGUUGACU